AUAUAUAUAUACAUAUUGGUGUAGUAUGAAAUUUCAAAACUUAUUUCUUGUGCUUGUGUUGUGCCUGAUGCUCCCUUGUCGCUGCUCUGCACUGCUUGUCUACCUGCCAACAAUAUUUAAGGAGGAAAUUGCAUGCAUUUGUGUAGCUGAAUGUUGAGCGCCAAUGAGGAAGUAAGGCUAUGUAUAGACACGCACAAGUUCUCAUGGUCUACCUCUCUCACACGUGUCUCUGGUAGGAUUACUCUUUUUUUUUUCUGGAAGACUGCUGUACCGCGGUGAAGAUCCGUUGUCUAAAAUCGAUGUUUUUCUUCAAAGACAUUUGUUUUUUAAAUCCGAGAUUAUGGUGAGUAUCAACUGUGAAAAUUCUCUGUUCUGGAUGACAGGCUCUGGGCCUCCCUCCAAGGUGCUCGUUGCCCUGGUCUUGUGGUGUGUCUCCUCGUGUGAUGAAGCUGUGUGGUACCCCAAGAGCCUGCCCUGCGAUGUGACCGCCAACAGGAGCACGGUGGUCGUGGACUGCACCGAGCGGGGCCUGAAAAAAAUUCCACCUGGUAUCCCGGGCAACGCCACCAACAUCACGCUCACCAUCAACCACAUACCGGAAAUCAAGACGGGCUCCUUCCAGGGGCUGUACGGCCUGGUGGAGAUCGACCUGCGCUGCAACUGCGUGCCCAUCAAGAUCGGCCCCAAGGACCGCGUGUGCUCCAAGAGCGUGACCAUCGAGGACCGGAGCUUCUGGCACCUGAGGAACCUGAAGUCGCUGUACCUGGACGGGAACCAGCUCUCCAGCAUCCCCAGGGGCCUCCCGCCGAGCCUCACCCUGCUCAGCCUGGAGGUGAACAACAUCCACACCAUCCUCAGGGAGAACCUCUCCGAACUGACCAACAUAGAGGUCCUCUAUUUCGGCCAGAACUGUUACUAUCGCAAUCCGUGCAACGUCUCCUAUUACAUCGAGGAGGGCGCCUUCUCCCGCCUGCGCAAUCUCACGGUCCUGUCUCUCAAGUCCAACAACAUGUCGCACGUCCCCCAUGACUUACCGGCCAGCCUCAAAGAGCUGUACCUUUACAACAACAACAUCAGGAGCAUCGCCGCGGAAGACUUCCGGAAUUUGACCGAGCUGGAGAUUCUGGAUCUGAGCGGGAACUGCCCGCGUUGUUACAACGCCCCUUUCCCUUGCACUCCGUGUCCCGGGAACGGCGAGCUGUUCGUUGACGCCGCCGCGUUUAAGAAUCUGACGAAAUUGAAAACGUUGCGCCUCCACAGCAAUUCUCUCACGACGGUCAAAUCGGAAUGGUUUCAGGCCAAAGAAGGACUGCAGGUGCUGGACCUCUCGAGCAACUUUUUGGCGAGGCACAUAACCAACACCACCUUCCCAGUGUAUUUACCAGGCCUGGAGGAGCUGGACCUUUCAUUUAACUAUGAGCUGCAGCGGUACCCUGCUUCGCUGAGUCUCAGCCCGAGCUUCUCCUACUUGACCUCUCUCCGCGUCCUCAGGAUCAGAGGGUUCGUCUUCCAGCAGCUGACUAAGAAGGACAUCAGCCCAUUAAUUCAGCUCCGUUACCUUGAAAUCUUGGAUCUGGGCACCAACUUCAUAAAGAUGACCAACCUCAGGAUUCUGACCGAGCUCAAGAACAUUAAAAUAAUAAACCUUUCUGACAACAAAAUAUCCUCCCCCUCUGACGGCGAACGUCCGAAGGAAUCUUUUGGGGGGGAAACCUCAGUUGCCACGCCCAUGGUUGGCGCUGCUCAGUACUCUGGCGGGGAAGAUGUUCACUAUUUUAGGUACGAUGAAUACGCACGCAGCUGCAAGUACAAGAACAAGGAGGCGAGCUCUGCGAUGCCAGUCAUCAAACAGCAGUGUAUCGAGUUUGGGAAAACGCUGGACCUCAGCAGGAACAAUAUAUUCUUCCUCGAUCCCAAAUUCUUAAACUUCUCAGAACUCAGAUGUCUAAACCUCUCAGGAAAUGCCAUGAGCCAAAGUCUGAACGGCUCAGAAUUCAAAUUUUUGAAAAAUCUCCAGUAUCUGGACUUUUCGUAUAAUCGUCUGGACUUGCUCUAUUCCACCGCUUUCCAGGAACUGAGUAAUUUGACAGUUCUCGACAUCAGUCAAAAUGAACAUUACUUCGUAUCUGAGGGUCUUACUCACAUGCUGAACUUCACAAAUAAUUUACCAAAGCUUGAUAAGUUGUUCAUGAACUUCAACCAAAUUUCCACCUCAACAAACACGGAGAUGGAGAGUCGUUCUCUUAGUUUGUUGGAGUUCAAAGGCAACCGGCUGGACAUGUUAUGGAGGGAUGGAGACACAAGGUAUGUAAACUACUUCAGAAAAUUAGUCAACUUGACUGUUCUUGAUAUAUCCAGCAACAACCUCAACUUCAUCCCCUCACAGGCUAUUAAGGGUUUCCCCACGAACCUCCGCGAGCUGUACCUGAGCAAAAAUGUAUUUAAGACCUUCAGUUGGGGGGACCUAAUGUACCUCUCUGAGUUAGAGAUCUUGGACUUAAGCGAGAACAAGUUACAAACUGUUCCCCGAGAGCUUGCCAACUGCACCAGAUCCAUCAAAAAGCUGGUCUUACACAAUAACCAAAUAUCAAAACUUACCCCACACUUCUUAAGAGACGCCUACGGUUUGAAACAUCUGGACCUCAGUUUUAACGAAAUCCAGUACAUUCAACAGUCUAGUUUCCCAGAAGAUGUUCUCAAUCAUCUGGAUAUGCUGCUCCUUCAUGGAAACAAGUUCAUGUGCUCCUGCAAGGCUGUUUGGUUUGUCAUGUGGAUCAACCGGACAACGGUGAACAUCCCCAGGCUGGCGACUGAGGUCACCUGCGCUGAUCCUAGUGACCUGAGAGGUUCCAGCGUCAUUUACCUGAGCGUGGAGGCAUGCCAGCACAGCUCUCUGUCCAUAAUUCUGUACGUCUUCCUCACCUCGACGAUCCUCGGGGUUCUCACCUUGUCCAUCUCUGCCCACCUGUACCUCUGGGACGUGUGGUACAUCUACCACUUCUGCCUGGCAAAGGUCAAGGGCUACAGCCGACUGUCAUCACAAGCCACCGCGUACGAUGCCUUCAUAGUAUACGACAAGAAGGACCGGGCUGUGUCUGACUGGGUGAUGGAGGAGCUCCAGGUCCAGCUGGAGGAGCAAGGGGACCCUCCUUUGCAGCUCUGUCUGGAGGAGCGUGAUUGGCUCCCUGGGUGCCCGACCAUCGACAACCUCUGCCAGAGCAUCCAACAGAGCAAGAAGACCGUGUUCGUCCUCACAAACAAGUACAUCCGCAGCGGGAACUUCAGGAUGGCGUUUUACCUGGCCCACCAACGCCUCAUGGACGAGAAGGCCGAUGUCAUUCUCCUGAUCUUUCUGGAGAAGGUGCCUCAACGGUCCAAGUACCUCCGGCUUAGGAAGAGGCUGUAUAGGAGAUCUUUGUUGGAAUGGCCAUCAAAUCCAAAAGCCCAGCCGUACUUCUGGCACUGUCUCAGGAGUGCUAUGGUUACAGAUGGUCACAAGCAGUACAGCAAACUCUUCCAAGAGAUUCUUUAACACUGCUUUACAUCCAGUAAUCUACCUUAAAAGGUGUACUGUACCUAGUAUGCACGUGCAACUGCUGAUUUUCCAGAAUCCAUAUGUACUGUUGAGAGCUGCACUGUUACUUAAUAGACAGUUGUCAUUUCUCCAGACUUGGCAAAAAUCAAGGAAAAAAACUGGAUGAAAAUCAAUGACACAUUGACACAUAUAUAACUAUAUGUAUGGUUUUUCAAAGCUCUCUCUGUCUAUUUCUCUCUCUCACCCACACACACAUGCACAAUUGUUAUGUUAUAUUAUAUUAUGUGUUCAAUUUAUUUUUCUAAAUAUUCAUAAUAUGUAUGAAAAAAUCUUUAAGUCGGGGACAGUGAUUUUACUUAUGUUGCUGGUUCUUAGGUCAGGCUGGCCAUGAAUACAUUCAAUUACUUCCUGGUUACAGAGCUGAUGUUUUGCAUCUUAUGUAAUUGUCAGUAUGGUUACCACUUUACAAACAAAAAUGAAUCAUCCCAAUCAGGUCACUAAUUCACACCACAACACAUCCCAUUUAUUAUUUAUUUCAAAGACCAUUUUUAGAAGGAAAAUAAUUUAUAUUAUACAGGCAUUUCUGGACUAUACUAUGCAUAAUAAAAAUGUAUAUAUGUAUGUAUAUGUAUACUUAGCUCUGUGCACUAUUCCUAAUGCUAACAUGCUUUCUGGUAUAUACAGUAUGUAAGUGAUGGUUUUCUGUAGUCCCAGUCAGCUAACAUAGGUAGCAAGUAAACGUUCCAGUUUUGAUGUAGUUUUAUUUAGAUAAGAAGAGACGGCAGAUUCACUGGCUUCUUCAGUAUGUAAUGCUGGUUGAGAAAUUAAAUCUUUACUAGAAUUGCAGUGUACAAUUAAAUUUAAAAAACAAAA